AGAUUGGGGGCACAAGCGUGCUCAGAAUGGAGCGUCUGAAAAGGCUUGAGGCGUGAGGAGGGUCUAUGAGGCCCUCGAAUAUUGUUAGAGAGCCCGGCUCAGGAUUGCAGGAAUGACCGGGUACACGGACUUGAUGUCAAUGGAGGAUCAGGACGCCAGGGUUCCAGCUCUGGAACCAUUCAGGGUGGAGCAGGCACCACCUGUAAUCUACUAUGUCCCUGACUUCAUCUCCAAGGAAGAGGAGGAGUAUCUGCUUCGACAGGUCUUCAAUGCCCCAAAACCAAAGUGGACCCAGCUCUCCGGGAGGAAGUUACAGAACUGGGGUGGGCUCCCCCAUCCCCGGGGGAUGGUUCCUGAGCGGCUGCCACCGUGGCUUCAGCGUUAUGUGGACAAAGUGUCUGACCUCAGCCUUUUUGGGGGUCUCCCAGCCAACCAUGUCCUUGUGAACCAGUAUCUGCCUGGGGAGGGCAUCAUGCCCCACGAGGAUGGGCCACUGUACUACCCGACCGUCAGCACCAUCAGCUUGGGCUCCCACACCAUGCUGGACCUCUACGAGCCUCGGCAGCCAGAGGAUGAUGACCCUACGGAGCAGCCUGCUGGUGCUCCGUGGCACCGCCUACACGCGCCUCCUCCACGGCAUCGCUGCCGCCAGCGUAGAUGCGCUCGACGCCGCCUCCCUGCCGCGCAACGCAGCCGCCUGCCCCUCGGCGCGGGCUGGAGCCCACCUGGUCCGCGGCACUCGCGUCUCGCUGACCAUCCGCCGCGUACCCCGCGUGCUGCGCGCUGGCCUCCUGCUCAGCAAGUGACGCCAGGACCCAGGACCCGCUCGGAUGCCCGAGCUCUCGCCUGCUCUGGACUGCUGGCGCCCAGUGGGCAGAGGCGGUUCCCCCCGGGUUAUUUUCCCAGUACCUGUGAGGGAACCACAGGAAAAGGCCCCAUUCCAAAUAAACCACCAACAAAACAAUCUUACUCUGGUUUUGGACAUUUGGGGGUGGGGGGGGCCAGAUGUUUGGGUUCCUGAGGGGCGCUGCGUCCGGGACCUUAGAUGGACGGUGUGGGCUCCCGAGGUCAGAUGUUCGGGUCACAGAGUGGAGAAGAAUC